GUCACAUCGUUUAAAGAUAGUAAUACACGCGGCUCAGAGCACACAGUGCUAACGUGCUAGAUAUCGAGGAGCAGAAGCGCGUGCGUGUGUGUGUGUGUGUGUGAACGGGGAGAUUCUGUGCUAACGUGCUAGAUAUCGAGGAGCAGAAGCGCGCGUGUGUGUGUGUGUGUGUGAGUGAACGGGGAGAUUCUGUGCUAACGUGCUAGAUAUCGAGGAGCAGAAGUGUGUGUGUGUGUGUGUGUGUGUGUGAGUGAACGGGGAGAUUCUGUGCUAACGUGCUAGAUAUCGAGGAGCAGAAGCGCGUGCGUGUGUGUGUGUGUGUGUACGGUUGAAAAAGAAGAGAAACACGUUGUUCAGGAGUCUCAUCUCGCUGCUGACAUGUCUCUGUUUCUUGUUAACAGAUAUCUUGGGGAGGAAGAAGAUGGAAGCAUCUCAAAAGAAUCUCGGUCUCAGGCGUUAUUGGCAAAACUGCAGCAGAAGGCAAAAGAGAAGCAGCAACAAAGUUUGACACAACAGAGACAACAACUGCCCAAGGAACUAACCCAACAGCAGAGUGUCAACAAGAAAAGAAAAGCUCACAAGGACAGUGGUCAAGAGAUCACUGAACACCACAAGAACAACAACAAGAAGAAAGCUAAUGUACAUGAUCUGGACUCUGACAUCCAUGAUGAGCCUGUUGAACAGAAGAAGAAGAAGAAGAAGAAGCAGCAGAUGAUGGAGGAGACAGAAGAGGAGGAUGUCAAUGAUGGACAGAAUCCUGCAGGCGGCUCAGCUGAAGGUCUUUCAGGAGGACAGGGGGACACAGAGCAAGAAGAAGCAGCAGCAGCAGCAGCAGAGGCAGAAAACGAGAAAACUUCGGCUCCAGCUGGAUUCAAAGUUGUAGGAGGGUUUGAAAACAGACCUGUCCAAAAGGUGCACAGGGUCCUGCCUCAGUGGCUCGCUCAGCCUGACAUGAUUCACAGAGACAUUAAAAACAACCUGGUGUCCAUCUCUGACCUCUCUGGACUCUGUUCACCGCUUGUGAAAAGACUACAAGAAAAUGGAAUUCAACACUUCUUCCCAGUGCAAGCAGAGGUCAUCCCUGCCAUCUUGGAGAACAUGCAGAGAGGACUGCUGAUUGGACGUGGUGGCUACAAGCCCAGAGAUAUCUGUGUGUCUGCGCCUACAGGAAGUGGCAAGACGCUAGCAUUCGUCAUACCUGUCAUACAGGUGCUGAUGGAGAGGGUGGUGUGUGAAGUGCGGGCUUUGGCUGUGUUGCCAACCAAGGAGCUGGCUCAGCAGGUUUGCAAGGUGUUCACAUCCUACACCGAGGGAACUGCUCUGAAAGUGGUCAUGCUGGCCGGUCAGAGGUCCUUUGCUGCAGAGCAGGCUUCACUCGCAGAACACAGAGGCGACAGGAGACGCAGUUUAGCAGACAUUGUUGUGGCGACUCCUGGACGACUGGUGGAUCACAUCAACAAGAAUUCAGGCUUGUGUCUCCAGCACCUGAGAUUUCUGAUCAUUGAUGAGGCAGACAGGAUGAUUGACAGCAUGCACCAGUCUUGGCUCAGUCAGGUGGUAAAGGCCGUCUACAAAUCAGGAAGUGACCCCAGAGCCAUGUCCAUCUUCAGGAGAACUGAACCAACACAUGUUACAGCAGCCAGUCUGUCUCCACCUCAGAUGCCUCUACAGAAGCUGCUGUUUUCUGCCACACUCACGCAGAACCCGGAGAAGCUGCAGCAGCUGGGCCUCCACCAGCCCAGACUCUUCAGUUCUGUCCACAGUCACUCCACCCACAAACAAGACUGCUUCCACUUCCCCCAAGGUCUGACGGAGUAUUAUGUUCCCUGUAUGUUGAGCAAAAAGCCUCUGCUCCUCCUCCACUUCAUCCUACGAAUGAAGCUCCGCCCCAUCCUCUGUUUCACCAACUCCAGAGAGACUGCACACAGGCUCUUCUUGCUGGUGCAGCUGUUUGGUGGAGUUACUGCUGCAGAGUUCUCUUCUCGUCUCUCUCCCGGCGAGAGGAAGAAGAGGCUGAAGGAGUUUGAACAAGGAAAGAUCCAACUGUUGGUCAGCACAGAUGCAGCAGCCAGAGGCAUCGACAUCACCGGAGUGAAGUGUGUGGUCAAUUAUGACGCACCACAGUACGUCAGGACGUACAUUCACAGAAUUGGAAGAACAGCACGAGCAGGAAAAGCAGGCCUCGCCUUCACCUUUCUACUCGGAGUACAGGAGAAGAAGUUUCUUCAGAUGGUGGUGGAAGCAGGAAGCCCUGGGAUUCAGAAACAGAUCGUUAAACCUGAGAACCUCCGCAGUAUGGAAGCCCGGUUUGAAGUAACCCUGCAGGAGCUGGCUAAGGUUAUAAAGUCUGAGAAAGCCAGAUGAAGGUGGUGAUGAUGAUGAUGGAGGAGGAUCAAUCAUCACAUUGUCCUCCACUGUGGAAGUUUCCACGUGAAGAUCCCAGCACAUGGGAAUGAGCUGAGACAAUUUGAUGACCAUGCAGACCAUAAUUAACUGAGGUGUUUAUUUGUUUAUCUGUGUGAAUAAUGACAACAAAAGCAGUCAUUAAAGACAAACCUUGAUUUAUAGUCCUUUUGAUCAUUUGAAAAAUUAUGGGCAAGGACGAGAACAAAGAACAUCUGUUGGAGAUGAGAGGAUGAGACUGAAGAGACGAGGGAUGCAGUAAUGCGUCAUCAUGGUGUCUAAGCUGCCCUUAAACCCAGUGGAGCACAUGUGUAUAUAAUGUAUCAGUUGUGAUGUCAAGUGAAUUCACUGAUACUGUGUUUGUGUGAAUAAACGCCGGAUACUGUUCUUA